GCUGGGCGGCCGGGAGGGUGCCGGACACUCGGUGGCGGAGACGCGCGCGCGGCCGGCCGUCCCGAGGCUGCGCGGCGCAGCGGCGGGGCCGUCGCCAUGCCGGGAAUGGUGCUCUUCGGCCGGCGCUGGGCCAUCGCCAGCGACGACUUGGUCUUCCCGGGGUUGUUCGAGCUGUUCCUGCGUGUGCUGUGGUGGAUUGGCAUCCUGACCUUGUAUGUCAGGCACAAGGGGAGGCUGGACUGUGCCGGCGGCGUCCUGCUCAGCAGCUACCUGAUCGUCCUCAUCAUCCUCCUGGCGGUUAUCAUUUGCACCGUGUCGGCCAUCGUGGGUGUCAGCAUGAGAGGGACCAUCUGCAACCCCGGACCACGCAAGUCCAUGUCCAAGCUGCUGUACGUGCGCCUGGCACUCUUCCUGCCCGAGAUGGCCUGGGCCUCGGUGGGCGCCGCCUGGGUAGCGGGCGGCCUGCAGUGCGACAGGACCGUCGUCAACGGCAUCAUCGCCACUGUCGUCGUCAGCUGGAUUAUCAUCAUCUCCACCGCGGUGACCAUCUUCAUCGUCUUCGACCCCCUGGGGGGGAAGGUGGCUCCGCACCCCGCCGCGGGCCCCAGCCUCCCGGGCAGCAGUCCCGAGUCGGGCCAGUUGCUCACCGGCCUCAGGACGGCCGCCACCAGCGUGUGGGAAAGGCGGGUCAAGUUUAUGUGCUGCUGCGUCGGGAGGGACGACCACACCCGCGUCGCGUUUUCCAGCACGGCGGAGCUGCUGUCCACCUGCUUCUCGGACACGGACCUGGUGCCCAGUGACAUCGCGGCCGGCCUCAGCCUCCUCCGCCAACAGCAGGACAGUGUCCAGGACAGCCAGGAGCCCAAGGAGGUGAUCAGCCACUCCCCAGACUCCUCCCCGGAAGGCGAUCUGAACGCAGAGUUAGAGAACUGCCACCACUACAUGCAGUUCGCGGCGGCCGCCUACGGGUGGCCCCUCUACAUCUACCGGAACCCAUUCACGGGGCUCUGCAAGAUCGGCGGCGACUGCUGCAGGAGCAGGACCCCGGAACACGACGUGGUGGGAGGCGAGCAGCUGCACUGCCACUUCGGCUCCAUCCUGCACACCACGGGGCUGCAGCACCGCGACUUCAUCCACGUCAGCUUCCACGACAAGGUCUAUGAGCUCCCCUUCAUAGUGGCCCUGGAUCACAGGACGGAGUGCGUGGUGGUCGCACUGAGAGGGACCAUGUCCCUGCAGGAUGUCCUCACAGACCUGUCGGCCGAGAGCGAGACCCUGGACCUGGGGUAUGACGCGCAAGACUGUCUGGCUCACAAGGGCAUCUGCCAGGCUGCCAGGUACGUGUACCGUCGCCUCGUCAGUGACGGGAUUUUGAGCCAAGCCUUCAGCGUUGCUCCCGAGUACCGGCUGGUCGUCGUGGGGCACAGCCUGGGGGCGGGCGCCGCAGCCCUGCUGGCCUUCAUGCUCCGAAGCUCCUACCCGCACGUCAGGUGCUACGCCUUCUCCCCGCCCCGGGGGCUGCUCAGCAAAUCUCUUCAUGAGUACUCCAAGGACUUCACGGUGUCCCUGGUCCUGGGCAAGGACGUGAUUCCCAGGCUGAGCGUGGCCAACCUGGAGGACCUGAAGAGGAGGAUCUUGCGCGUGAUCGCGAACUGCAACAGGCCCAAGUACGAGAUCCUGCUGCGCGGGUGCUGGUACGAGCUGUUCGGGGGGAGCCCGCAGGGCCCGCCCACCGAGCUGGACGCCUGCGGCCGCGCGGACCUGACGCAGCCCCUCCUCGGGGAGCAGAGCCUGCUGACGCGCGGCUCGCCGCUGCCGUCGCCCACCAAGUACCCGCCCCUCCACCUUCCGGGCCGGAUCAUCCACCUGGAGGAGGAAGGCGCUUCGGGGAGGUGCUCCUGCUACACCGCGCAGUACACCGCCAGGUGGGCGCACGAGUCGGAGUUCAGCAAGAUCCUCAUUGGCCCCAAGAUGCUCACCGAUCACAUGCCCGACAUCCUGAUGCGAGCCCUGGACCGCGUGGUGUCCGACCCGGCUGUCUGCGACGCCUGUCCCGCCCCGGGCGGCUUCGGCGCGGACGACACGCGCGCACCGUUGUGACCCCACGCCGCCGAGCGAGGCCCCCGCCACCAGGGCAGCGGUUCCCGGACUGUAAGUGCGAGCCGAGGACUGCCAAGAUCUUGAGGGACAAGGGACCAGGAGAAGCAGGUGCAGACGCCUCACCCCGCCCCAGCCCCAGGCGGCGGCGGCGGCAGAAGUGCCGCAACCACAGAACGGACCCCCGAGGCCCAAAGAGGGUCUUCAGGGAAUUAAACCAGAACCCCGCACCCCGGAAGUUAAAAGCAUGAAAGAGACACCAACAGAAGUGCACGGGAAUAAUGGGGAGCCACGAGGCUCCAGACCACGAGGGAUAAAAAUAAGCCCAGGCCCUGGAAGACCCAGGGAAAGUGCCCCCCAAGACCCAGCGUGGUGGGCGUGGCCGAGGAGGCCUGGGGCGCAGCCCCCGAAACCCCGGAGGGAGCUCAGUGCCGGCCAGCCUGGCGUUCCAGACCCAGCGGGGAGCUGGCAGGGUGGGGGAGUGGUUCCCGAAGCCACGAGGUGAGGGCUCAAACACGGCAAGUUCCCACCCUCCGCGGGGGGCUCGAGGGGGGGCUCGCGGAGAACCUGCUUGCUGCAACAAGGAGGCACGUGAAAAACGAGGCGGCAGGUGUAGGCAGCAAACAGCAACAGGUGAGGGUGGUCAGAGGGUGCCGAGACUUCAGGAGAGGGAACCCUGAUGAGACAUGGAACGCACCUGGGCACCUGCCGGGUUCAGGCAGCAGCAAAGUGAGCCUUAAAGGAACGCGUUAUCUCUGGGGAAACCGACAGUUGUGCAGGGACAGGCCAACUCCCGCCAC